GAGUUGAACAAGAGAUUACAGAAAGAUCAUUUAGGAGACGCGUUACUAACGUUCAACGCCCAGUAACUGACAAGUCUUUCAUUGGAGCAGGAAUUGACCCAUUGUAGACAUUUUGAUUUCACCGCCAGAUUUGAUUGUGACUUAAAUACCUAAGGCGCACAGAACCACAUCAUGGAAUCGAAAAAACAACCUACAAUCAUGGAAAACGUUUUGUGGCAGUAUGCUAAUCAGUAUCUCGGUGAACAAAAUGUCAAAAUGUUGACGGACGAGAAGAAUCGACCCUACUUGAAAUACGGUGGGCUCUUAUUCCUGGCUGUAUACCUCAUCUUCGGUCACCUGGCUCAGCUCAUCAGUAAUUUAGUAGGCUUCCUGUAUCCUGCAUACUGCAGCGUUAAGGCUCUCGAAUCAAGUACCAAAGCUGAUGACACGAAAUGGCUGACGUACUGGGUGGUGUUCGCUACCUUCUCUCUCAUCGACACCUUCUCCGGCUUCAUCCUUUCCUGGCUACCUUUCUACUGGCUAGCAAAAGUUCUGUUCCUGGUCUGGUGCUUCUCGUCGUCAGAUUUCAACGGUUCUACGGUGAUCUACAAUAAAGUCAUCUUGCCCUUCUUCAAGAAGCACGAGAAGAAGAUAGACUCGGCCAUGGGACGAGUGGAUAGAGUUGUUGCUUCGGCUUCAAGAGAGGCAGAAAAGAUUACUGAAAACAUUCGCACUGAUCUUUAACCGAAUUGCAGUACCGUGGAGUGCGAUUGACUUUUAAUAUUUUUUGUGCCAAAAUUUUGAACUGGAAUCUGCGGAAUGUUAGUUGCGACCAACUUUUUGCAAAAAAAUUUAGUGCCUUUGCGUGUAAAUUAUGCGAUCAUUCCUGGCUAAGUUGUGCCGUACGGGACUCGCUUCGAAGUUUUAAAAACAGAUAUCAGAGUUUUUUAUCCGUUAAAAAAUCUUGGAGGUUAAAUAAAUUUUAAAUUUC